AUGAGUUCAAAAACCAACCAGGACCCAAAAGCCUUAGGGGCCAUCAACAAGAGGUCCAGAGCCCCCGGGGUGACGGUCACUCAGUGUGUGGAGUCGCUGCCUGCCGGAAAGUCAACGCCGGACUUCACCCGCAAACCAAUGGCCGCCACGACUCAAGAGGGGAAAAAAGGAUGUUUCAAAGCCAUGGUGAGUGGAGAGCCGGCACCAGCUGUGACGUGGGGGCGUAACAAGGGCGAGGUCGAUGACCCGGAGAAAUACAAGACCAGAUACGACAAAAGAACUCAAGAGCACAUUCUAGAGAUUCUCAACGUGAAACCGGAGCAGGCCGACACCUACACAUGCUCGGCCACCAAUGAGUUCGGGAUGGCUGUCUGCACUGCAGCUCUCAACGUUAUUGGAGGAGGCCUAAAGAAGAAAGCCAAAGAAGAACCCCAAGAUUUCCGAAAAAUGCUGAAAAAAACUGUUGUUGUCACCCGAAAAAAAACACUCCCGCCAAAAAAAGAGGGAGAAAUUGAUCCAAAGCUCCUGGAGCUGCUCAUCUGUGCACCAAAGAAGGACUAUGAGAGAAUCUGCUUUGACUUUGGGGUGUCCGACUUCCGCUGGUUGCUGAAGAGACUCAACCAGCUGAAAAAAGAAAGGGAAGACGAGCAGUCAAAGGUUGUAGAGCGACUGGACAAUGUCAGACAAAUAGAGGUACAAUCCAAUGGCAGAGCGGAGUUUGGCUUCGACAUGACGCUGCAUGACCCCAACAGCCCAAUCAACCUAUACAAGGACGGGACAAUGGUUCCAUACGGAGAGGAUGAAAAUUCUAAGCACAGCCUUAAGACAUCGGGGAAAAAAUAUGUUUUCAGCAUCAAAGAUCCUCAGCCAGAAGAUGCUGGAUUUUACCAGGUCGAUGUUGGAGACGCAAAUGUCCUGUCGACGGACUUUCGAGUGCCUGCUGUGGAGUUCAAAGCAAAGAUUAAAGAUGUGAAGGCCUCUGAAGGUGAAGACGCCAUCUUUCAGUGUGUCUUGUCAACACCCCUGAGCAGAGUCACCUGGUCAAAACAGGAUUCAUCACUUGAACAUGGGGACAAAUAUGAGAUCACCGUCUCAGAGGACAAGCUAAUUCACACGUUGAGAGUGAAAAACUCCAACAAGGAAGAUAAUGGAGCCUAUUAUGCCAUUGUUGGUAUAAGUUCCAGCUGUGCCUCUCUAAAAGUGGAAGCUGAUCUGAAUGAUAAAAGACAAAAGGACACCCAGAGUGGGAAUCAGGAUGACCUGAAUGCACUUGGAGCAGAGCAGCAGGCCAAGCUACAGAAACAGAACGACGACUCGGAAGCAGCCAGACGAGCAGGAGGGGACGGAGACGGGUCUGCUGAUGGUUCUGGAGGCCAGACUGGUGGGGACGGCACGAAUAAGAACCCCCCGACAGAAGGAGACGAUGAAAACAAAGGGAAUGAUGCACAUGAUAAGGAAGAGAAGCGGCUACCAACCUGCCCUUUGGUCGCUGACACAGUUCUAGGUCGCGGUGCUCAGUUCAUCUGUGGACUGUCGGACUCUGCCGCCAACAUCGGGGAACGGACACAGCUCUCCUGCAAACUGAGCAGCGAGGCCACUGAGGGGCGUUGGUAUAAAAAUGGGAAGCUGCUAACCAAUGAGGAUGGGGUAAGAAUUAUCAAAGACGGGGCUUGCCACAGGUUGGUUAUUGACUGCUGUAAUAAAGAUGAUGCGGCGGUGUACAGCUUCGAAGCCGACGGCCGGAAAUCAGAAGCAACUCUUAUCAUUCAAGAUCCCCCAAUAAUCGAGGAGGAUGCGCUGGGGAAAUUGUCCAAGGCAGUUGUUCUAAAGGCAGGUGAAAAUGCAGAAUGGAAGCUGCUAUUCUCAGGUGGGGCUCCGAUGACCAUACAGUGGUACAAGGAUGACGAGGAGCUUUUGCCCGCUCUCAAAGUCAAGAUUGAAACAUCAACUAAUGAGAGCCACUUACGCCUUUUUAAUUGUCAGAGGAAACACGCUGGGGAGGUCAAAAUAAAAAUAAAAAAUGAAUUUGGUUGGACGGAAGCUAUUUCCACACUUAUUGUACUGGACAAACCCGCACCCCCUCGGGGACCGGUGGACAUCACAGAAAGUGUCGUGACGUCUGUCGGGUUUCAAUGGAAACCACCGAAACACAGUGGGGGAUGCCCGGUCACAAGCUACACCAUCGAACGCCAACAGGUCGGCCGCAACAGAUGGACAGAUCUCGGUGAGAUCCCCAGCAGCGUCUUGAGUUACAAAGACUCAGAUGUGAACCCCGGAAGGAGAUACUGCUACCGGAUCAGAGCCAAGAACGCACAAGGCGUCAGUGACCACCUGCAGACAGGGGUCAUCGCAGCCGGCAUCUUGCGCUAUCCCGGAUCCCCAGCUGCACCACAAGUGGUCAGUGCCUUUAAAGACUGCAUCAAUCUGGCUUGGUGUCCUCCAUGUGACACUGGAGGAACCCCUAUUGUGGGAUACAACUUGGAAAAGAACAAGAAAGGCACAAAUUACUGGAGCCUUGUAAAUCAACGCGGGCCCAUUACAGAUACAAAGUAUGCAGUGACAGAUGUUUUUGAAGGGGCAGCAUAUGAAUUUAGGGUGUCUGCUAUCAACCUGUCUGGCGCUGGAGGUCCUAGUAAUCCGUGUGACACAGCAGUCGCAAGAGAUCCAAUGAAACCUCCAGGCAAAGUCACCGACCUGAAGUUAACAUCCUCCACUUAUAGCACAUUUUCACUGGCUUGGACUAAACCUAAAGAGAUGAAAGGGGUGCAGGACGAAGCCCAAGGCUACUAUGUGGAGAUCAGACCAAUAGAAAACACAGAAUGGACCCGUUGUAAUGCCAACCCAAUUACUCUACCUUCCUACACCGUGGUGGGCUUGAAGGCAAUGGCCUGCUACUGGGUCAGAGCCAUUGCCACCAACUAUGGAGGCGAUGGUGAACCUCAAGGAUUUGACACUUAUGUCAUUGCCAUGCCCCCUCCUGUAAGGCCAAAGUUUAAAGAUCGCAACAGGAAGAACUUCGUAGUGGUACGAUGCGGAAACACAGUCUGUCUGAAUGUCAACUUUGAGGCCUCCCCGCUGCCGCACAUCUGGUGGCUAAAAGAUGGUACUCCAGUGCCCAAACAUGUAACCAUCACCAACUCAGACAAAGGUUCUCUAAUGUUGAUCCCCACAUCCGAGCGGUCCGACAGUGGCAUCUACACCAUUACCGUCAAAAACUUUGUGGGCCAGGAGAGCAUCGAUGUUGAAAUCAGAGUCACAGAUGAGCCAAAACCUCCAGGUCCAGUGGAGCUGGAUCAGAACAUCCCAGGAACAGUAACUCUGUCCUGGACGUCCUCUCCAGAUGAGAGGAGGGACGACCGACUACACUACAUGGUGUCCAAGCGGGAUUCCUUCCGUUGCACUUGGAGGACAGUGGCUGACAACCUCUUCAACAAUAGGUUCACGGUUGUCAACGUGUUGCCUGGACGGGAGUAUUACUUCAGGGUGUUUGCUAAGAAUGACGUGGGUCUCUCCCCACCUUCCAAGUCCGCCGUCUUUGGAACCACGAAGCAAAAAGGGAAGUUUCAAGUGAACAGGCCUGAAACAAAACCCCUGGACUUCCAGUCACAACCGUCAUUCCUCGUUCCCCUGAAAAUGCGCACAGCUCCUCAGGGUUACGAGAGCCACAUGAGCUGCGCCGUCAGGGGGGAUCCAGCCCCCCGAGUGGCGUGGUACCACAACAAUAGGGACCUGAGCACAAACACCAACUACCACAUCCGCAAUGUGUGCGGCGUGUGCUCUUUGCUCAUCCUGACUGUGGGACCCAGAGACAACGGGGAAUACAAAGUGGUCAUUGAGAACAAACUGGGGACAGCAGAGUCCUCAACGACACUGAGCGUCAGAGAAUGAAGAGCUGCAGCCUUUUGUGUUUUAAAUCAAUUACCAGAGAUGGAGUAACAACUCAAGCAGUUUUCAGUUACUUCAUUUCCAGCCAGUGUGAUGUACCAGUAUUUAAACACGCAUCUUUAAAAAUACCCACAAAAAACCCCCAUUGUGUAUCAUCAUAUUCCCUAAUAUUAAA